AUGCAGAAAAAACAUACGGAUCAGAGCGAGAGGGUCAAGAAGCGGAAAUAUCAUCAUCGUCUUUCAAGGAAGGGAUACGUUGGGUUGCAGGAAGAAGAGAUAAAGGAAGGAAAUUUAGAGCGGGGAGAGAUACCUGAUCGCGCGGUGUUGUGGAAGAAGGCUCGUAAAGUUCAGGAGGAUGUUGAGAUAAGUGACAAAGACCUAGCCAAAGUAGUUGGCAAAAUUGAUGAUUUAAUAAAGAAGAAGGAAAUAGGUGAAUUUCAACCCUCUGGGAGUAAAGAUGUGUUGACUUUGGCACUCGAAACUCCUGAGCAUUCGGGUAGGGUAAGAGGAGUUGGGGGAUUUGUCACUCCAAAAUUGUUCUUUAAUUUGCCGAGACAGAAAAGGAAUAGGGUCUCGAAGGCAGACUUGUCUGAUGAGUUAGAGAGACAGAGGAAGGAGAUUGCUGAACUAAAAGCAAUGAUACAUGCAUCCAAUAUUGGUUCCCCAAUUUCAUCUAAAUCAAGUUGCCAACCUGUUGUUGAAGAAGAAAAAAAGGUUGCAGAACCUACAAAGAAGCCAGAUGCUGCAAAAGAAUUGGGGCUUAAUGAUGAUGAUGACUUUGUUGCUAUAAUCGAUCCUCCUCCCCCAGCUAAAAAAUCGGGGCAAUGUGUCCUUGCAGUGGACACUAUACAACGAAGGGUUGCGUUUGGGAUCGUUUUUGAUGAUCCAGAAAUGAAUGCAACAGUGCAUGGAGUGCCUGUGCCUCCUGGAUGCAUGCGUGUGUCUGUUGACGGAAUCAUUGAGCCAAAUGCAAUGGUUCCUAUACCAGUUCCUGGUGAAAUAGAGAAAGUUUGUGAAGCGGUUGGAUCUCAACUUGCUUGGCCUGAGGAGUUGAUUAUCUUUGGAAGAGCCUCUCCGAAGAAAAAGAAAAAUGAAGAGGGAAAACCAAAGACACUUGAUAGUGAGCUGAAGAAACUACAACAAUCAUUUCAUAAAGUGAAGUUAAGAAAAAAAGUGCCGAGCAAAUAUAAAGUUCUGUACAAACAUGCGUCCACAUUUAUGAAAGCGACCGGGGCUUCUGUACAAAUUCCAUGUGACGCUGAUGUAUUUGGAGCUGUGAAAACAAUAUUUGUUUUGCAAGAGAAUUUGAUCUCGUUGUUGGAGUUUGACAUGAUCGGACAAUCUGUGGUUGGUGCAUAUAUGGCGUAA